AUGUCCAUCACCAUCACAUAUCCUAGCACGUCACGACGAAGCACGACAAUGGACCAGCAACCAACAGCCUCCUUUCAGCUGCGCACUUCAGACCCAGUCUCACGUUUUCUCGACGAGCCGUUCAAGACCUGGCCAUCCACAAUCUUGUUUGCCGUUAUCUUGAUGGCCAUCGGCGGUGUCGCUAUCUUUCUGGGCAGGCGAUACAUGGAGACACUCCGUUUUCACACCCGACGCUGCUGUGAGACGCCUUUAACUUUGGAAGGACAGCGAUCUCAACUCAGAGGGAACACCGAAGCGUCAGCCACCGAUCAGAGCGCCGACUGGUCUGACAUCGGAUUCUGGGACGAUCAGGAAUCAGACGUCAGAAGACGAGCUGGCCUCGGACAUAUUCGUCCUGGAGCGGUCGCAAUCGGCGAGGUGCGGGAGGGGAAGAUAGCGCAGAGAAGAAGAGCUUCUUCUUCACGCAAGGCUUGA